CUCCUCCUCCUCCUCCUCGCCAGGGCUCGUUUAUUUAUACACGCACACACACACACGCGUGCACACCCCUCCGCUCUGGGCUUUUCUGCACACCGGGGGCCAAAGCGGCCGAGCCCCCCCCCCCGGCUGGGCUGGGGGCUGCGAUGCGCUAAGGGAGCAGCCCGGGGGCUUGGCCGCAGCCCAGCCCUGGCACAGCUUUCCCUUCCCUUUCUAUUUUCUUUCCUUUCCCUCCUCCCCCUACUUCGUUUCUUCCCUUCCCUCUCUUUCUCCUUUAAGUGGAAGAGCCUUGCCAGCUGGGGAAGGCUGGGAGGGCAGCGGGAGCCUCGGCAGGCAGCAGAUAAAGGGCGAGGAGGAGGAGGGAAAGGAAUCCGGGAACCAGCGCCCGCGGUCACGCAGCACCAGCACGUCCCCGGUGGGACCCCACGCAAGGAUUUGGCCGCCGGGCCGUGGAGCCCACCAUGCUGUGCCCCUCUCUGAAGGCUUCGCUGCGGCUCCUCAUCCUCACUGGUGUGCUGGAGGUAACGACGGGAGGCAGCGGGCUGCACAUCGAACCUGAAAAUGCCGAGCUUAUCCUUAGCCUCCACAGCACCUUCUCCCUCGUGUGCUACGGGGACGGAGCACUGGUCUGGGAGUGGGACGGCCAGCCUCUCCUCGCCUCGCUGGAGCACAGGGACGGGGUCUUCGUCAGCAACCUCACCCUCAGGAACGUGACGGGCCGUCACACCGGGGAGUAUGCCUGCACCUACAGCCCCGACCAGGCUCCAGAGCAAGCGGAGAGGAAAGCCAUUUACAUCUACGUGCCGGAUCCCUCCCUGGCCUUUCUCCCUCCAACCACCUCUGAGGAGCUCUUUAUCUUCAUCACGGGCUACAAAGAGGCCGUCAUCCCAUGCCGUGUGACCGACCCGCACCUGCAGGUCACCCUCUAUGAGAAGAAAGUGGAGAACCCCAUUCCAGCUGCUUAUGACCCACAGCAGGGCUUCAAAGGCUUCUUUGAGGACAAGACCUACUACUGCCAGACAAUCGUGGAUGACCAGGAGGUGGAUUCAGACACCUUCUAUGUCUACAGGAUCCAGGUCUCAUCUGUGAACGUCUCCAUCAGCGCAGUGCAGACCGUGGUGCGUCAGGGAGAAAACGUCACCCUGAUGUGCACCGUGAGCGGCAACGAGCUGGUCAACUUCAACUGGGAUUAUCCCCGCAAGCAGGCAGGGAAGGCUGUGGAGCCAGUGACCGACUUCCUGCCGGGAUCCUCCCACGAUAUCCGCUCCAUCCUCAUCAUCCAGAACGCAGAGCUGGAGGACAGCGGGACCUACGUCUGCAAUGUCUCUGAGGGCUACCACGAGAAAACAGAUCGGAAAGACAUCACGGUCCAAGUGAUCGAGCGUGGCUUUGUGAAGUUCCACACCCAGCUGGCCAGCACAGUGUACGCUGAGGUCCACAAGAGCCACACCAUCCAGGUGGACCUGGAGGCCUACCCACAGCCAAGCAUCGUGUGGCUGAAGAACAACAAGGCGUUGACUAUGGAGAGCAGCAGCGAGUUCACCAUCACCAACAGGAACCUGUCCGAAACCAGGUACCAGACGUCCCUGGUCCUGGUGCGGGUGAAGCAGGAAGAAGGAGGAUUUUACACCAUCCGGGCUGCCAACGAGGACGAUGUGCAGGAGCUGUCCUUCCAUCUGCAGAUAAAUGUGCCAGCCAAAGUGGUGGAUCUCAAGGAGAACAGCAGUGCCACCAGUGGGGAGCAGACCGUAACGUGCUCUGCCGAAGGGAUGCCCCAGCCAGAGAUCAGCUGGUCCACCUGCAGUGACAUCAAAUGGUGCAGCACCAAGGGGCAGCCCACCAGGCUGCUGGGGAAUGACUCGGCAGAGAUCAGCCUGCAGACCAACGCCACGUACCACGAGGAGCUGCAGGUGUACCGCGUGAACAGCACCCUGCAGCUGCACAGGGUGGACGAGCCCCUGCUCCUGAGAUGCACCGUGCAAAACUUCCUGGGCACCAACUCCCAGGACAUCACCCUGGUCCCACACGCCCUGCCGUUCAAAGUGGUCAUCAUCUCCGUCAUCCUGGCCUUGCUGGUCCUCACCGUCAUCUCCCUGAUCAUCCUGAUCGUCCUGUGGCAGAAGAAGCCUCGUUAUGAAAUCCGCUGGAAGGUGAUCGAGUCAGUCAGCUCCGAUGGGCACGAGUACAUCUACGUGGAUCCCAUGCAGCUCCCCUAUGACUCCAGCUGGGAGGUGCCCAGGGACAAGCUGGUGUUAGGACGCACCCUUGGCUCCGGCGCCUUCGGACGCGUGGUGGAGGCGACAGCCCACGGCCUGAGCCACUCGCAGUCCACCAUGAAGGUGGCGGUGAAAAUGCUCAAGUCCACGGCCCGCAGCAGCGAGAAGCAGGCCCUCAUGUCCGAGCUGAAGAUCAUGAGCCACCUGGGGCCUCACCUCAACAUCGUCAACCUGCUGGGGGCCUGCACCAAAGGGGGGCCCAUCUACAUCAUCACCGAGUACUGCCGCUACGGGGACCUGGUGGACUACCUGCACCGCAACAAGCACACCUUCCUGCAGGCCUACGGCGACAAGGCCCGCCGGGAGGCCGAGGCGUACGGGAACACAGCCAAGGAGGACCACGGGCACAGUCACCUCUCCUUGUCUGUCGAGAGCGAUGGGGGCUACAUGGACAUGAGCAAGGAUGACUCCCUGGAUUAUGUGCCCAUGUCUGACAUGAAGGGCGAAGUCAAAUAUGCUGACAUCGAGUCCUCUAACUACGGCACCCCAUAUGAGCUGGACAGCUAUUCUCCUUCAGCCCCUGAAAGAACAGAGCGGGUGACACUGAUAAACGAGUCUCCGCUCCUCAGCUACAUGGACUUGGUGGGCUUCAGCUUCCAGGUGGCCAACGGGAUGGAGUUCCUGGCUUCCAAAAAUUGUGUGCAUCGCGACCUGGCUGCCAGGAACGUCCUCAUCUGCGAGGGGAAGCUGGUGAAGAUCUGCGACUUUGGCCUGGCGAGGGACAUCAUGAGGGAUUCCAACUACAUCUCCAAAGGCAGUACCUUCUUGCCCCUUAAGUGGAUGGCCCCAGAGAGCAUCUUCAACAACCUCUACACCACCCUGAGUGAUGUGUGGUCCUUUGGGAUUCUCCUCUGGGAGAUAUUCACUCUAGGAGGGACUCCAUACCCUGAACUGCCCAUGAACGAACAGUUCUACAAUGCCAUCAAACGUGGCUAUCGGAUGUCCAAGCCCACCCAUGCCUCUGAUGAAAUCUACGAUAUCAUGCAGAAGUGCUGGGAGGAGAAGUUUGAGAUCAGACCGUCCUUCUCACAGCUGGUGGUGCUCAUGGGGAACCUCCUGGUGGAGUGCUACAGGAAGAGGUACCAGCAGGUGGAUGAAGAGUUCAUGAAGAGCGACCACCCCGCUGUUGUCCGCACGAGACCCACGAUCCCUGGGCUGAACAACACCAGGCUCACUCCCAGCUCCCCCACGGGCAGCAUCCUCUACACGGCCGUGCACCAGAACGGGGGCGAGAACGACUAUAUCAUCCCUCUCCCCGACCCCAAGCCUGAGGCAGUCUGUGACCUCCCUCAGGAGGCCUCCAUCAGCCGUGCCAGCUCAAUGCUGAACGAAGCCAACACAUCGUCUACGAUAUCCUGUGACAGCCCCCUGGGCACCCAGCAGGAUGAGGAGCAGGGAUCCGACCCACAGCUGGGCUGCCAGGAGCUGACCACAGGGCACCACGAGGUGGAGGAGAGCUUCCUCUAGCCAGAGCUGGGCUGGUGGCACCCCCACGGCUGACCCAGACGUCGCAGAGAGCCACACUUUGUGUUUGUCCAUUGGGACAUCCCCGCCUGUCCCAGCCUUCCUCCCUCCAUCCCAUCUCCCGGAGCUGGGUAGGGGAUUAGAGACGUUUCUCCCAUUGCCGUCCCCUUCCUCCUUACAAAGAGGUGGCUCAGCGCCAGCAACCUCGGGAUCACUGCCACAUCCUCCUCGGCGAUCACACCGCGGCAGGAGGGAGACAUCUCACAGACCAAUAUCUUCUUUUCAAGUGGAAGAGGUGGGCCGGAUCUCCAUGGGAGCCACCACUUUCUGCAUUGCUAAGAGGAUGCUCCAGCCCCUUCCCCCCUCCCUGCUCUUUAGGUGGCAAUGGGUUUCGGCUCCUCUGCACCAGCACUUCUCUGGCGGUCUCAGCGCCAGCCACACCGUGGUUCUGUGAAAAGCCACCGGGACAGACGAUUUCCUUGGAGCCCUUUGCUGGGGUGUAGAGGAGCCACAAUACCCAACUCCAGCUGCUGGGGAUCAAGAACACGUGGGGUGGGUUCUCCUCCAAGCACAGCCAAGGCCUGGACAGACCAGGCAGUCUCGGAGCCACCGAGUCACCGUCUUCCUAACCUUCCUAACCUCUCCUAUGGAGGAUGGAGCAUGGCAAGCUCUGCAGGUACCCGUGGCUCUCUGGCGCACCUUGAGCCAUUCUGUGCCCAGCCAGGAGCCCCAGGGGCACGCCAGGAACCCAGCACGCUCUCACAGUGACUCUGCUGUAGUAGCAAAGAGGGCGGUCCAGUGGUGGUGUUGUCUGCGUGGACACUAAGCUGAUUAUUCUCCGCUGAAGAUUUAAAGGGAACAAAUAUAUUAAUCCACUAGCCAGGGCCAGUAUAAGGAAGCGAUAUGGCUAUUCAUUAAUCUUCCAAUGCCACUAAGCCCAGCUCAUUUGCUGGGAAAUUUUAUAACCCUGUCGGCUGCAAAAUUUUUAUGCCUUACCUUUGGGAAAAAAAAGAUCUCCCUCAUGGUGGACUGUUCACCCAAACGCCAUCCUUCUCAGGACGGCAGGUCUCACCAGUCCUCCCGAGUCACAGCAAGACGGGGAGCAAUAAGGAUGCCAGAACACCAGCCCAGGGACGUCAGAAAAGACAGAGAGGCUGGGAAGCCAUUUGGCCAUGGCUGUAGGGCGUCUCACACCCUGCCACUUUGGGGGGCCAGGCACCACCAUUUGCAGCUUGCCAGGGCUGUUGGUGAAGUGCUGGGGGGAGCCAAGCAGAGCAAGAGGAAUCAGGGAGGAUUCCUCUCCCUUGGGAAGUGUUUUGAAGGGCAGAGACCUUCCUCCUGCUUCUCUCCUCCUUCCUUGCUUCUCACAGGCAGGCUCAGGACCUCUUGUCUCAGCUGGUACUUGAAUGAGGAGACUCAAAGCAGGAGGAACACCAGGUUUUUGAAAUCAGUCACGAACCCCACCUCUGCAGAGAUGAAAGCUAGACCCCAAAAACUACAGCUCUAACACAAGAGAAACUAGCAGGUUUUUCUAGCAGGUUUUUUUUUUUCUUUUUCCCCAAAAGGAGAAGUUUUGCCUUGCACAGAGCUCUGUCUGCAGCAUGUCCCCAAUCCCAUGAACCCCUUUGCUGCCCUACACAUGCAUAUUACUCCGUGCACCCUACAAAUCCUACACAGGCAGGUUUAAAAAUUCAAUCAGCAUCUUUUGGAUUUCAUCCACCUCAGAGCCACUGAGAUUUUUUUUUUUUUUUAAUCUGAAACUUCUGCCAAAAAAAAAAAAUAUGAAGGAAAAAAACCAGCAAAACAGCUUCUGUCUUGUCUAUCGUUGCACUGCUGCCAUUUAUGCAACUAAAAGAGGAGCAGAUAUUUCACGGGCUGAUGUCCUUGUUAAAAUGUGAACAUAAGAAAUAGCACUUAUUGGCAGCCGGUGGAGCAUAUUUUCAGGCCUCGUGGUCAGACUCCCCAUCAUCUGUAGGAAACACACUGUGAAUGACAACUGUUUUUCCAUGCUAGUUCCUCCAGCUUGUAGUGAAGGAGCCAUCUUCUGUGGUUCAAGAAAUGAUCCAGACUGCGGAGAAGCAAUAACUUGUGAGAUGCUCGGGGUCAGACCACUUUGCUUUUCUGACAUGUAAGGUGCUUGGUAGGAUACCUGUAGCUGCAACUUGAGCCCAUAGGGUGGCACAGCAGAUCAUCCCAAUAGCCCCUGUCUGCACCAGCUCCAUUUUUAAUUUGUCCUUCCCUGCCAAGGAUGACCAGAAGUAUCCAGUACUCCAGUAAGGUCAAGUCUAGGGCAUUAAUACGUUCUGGUCUGUACUGGAUUUGUGUUGCUUUGGGUAAUGCUGGCCUUUUCCCAGCCACAACAUACUGGUAGUUUGGAGUCAUCCUCUGACCAACCUUAGCGCCUAGUUCUUUCUACCCUUCCAGUAUUUCUAACCAAGAUACUCGCUGCUGUUCCAGACAUUGGGUCAUCAGCACAUUUCAUUAAGAAACUGUUAUUUUGGGGGCUGGACUGACUAAUAAAAAUAUUAAAUAUUUUUGGCAUCAAGAGCAACCCUAGAGAGCUACUUUUACUACCUCCGUCCAGCCCAAAGAUUUCCCCAUCAAUUAACUCCUUGUUGCCCUCCCUUUGGCCAUUUGCUAAUUCACUUCACAAAUCCCAUAAUAACUCCAUCUUGUACAGCUGAAUUACUGAUUUCCCACUAUCAAACACUAUUCCACAGUCCUGAAAGAGGAGAUCUAUUUCUUUUCCCUGGUGGGGGAGCUCAGGUAUCCUGCCUAUUAGCUGGGCAUUAGCUACACUUGGAUGCCUAUCGCGUUUUAUCCCAUUUGUACAUUUAUUCCAAUCAUUCCUCAUUAUCAAAACUUGUUCUGCCUUCAAAAAAAAAAAAAACUUGUUCAGAUUUGUCUUCCUUCUCAAAACAGGUACGCCAAUCCCUUUGCGUAUGGUACUGUUCUGCACUCCAGAGAGGUGUGACCAAAUAUUUGCCCUUGGCCCUGGCAUUGCAAGGGCCAGCUCCUGCACUUUGCGGUACUUUCCCAUCCUUACUCGAUUAUUCCCACCACCCUGCCAGCAUGUUUUGCUAAACACCCCCGCAGCCCAGGCCAGGCAAACUCUCCUCAAAGACAGGGCAGAAAUGGUCGGCUCUUCUGGGCCCAGCAGUUUUGCAGCCAUGGUUUCUCCGGUGAGAUUCUGAAGGGAACCAGUCUCUCUGGGUUUUUAGUUUUGAUAAUCAGUAUUUUUUGUUUGGGUGUGUUUUCGUGUUUAGAGGUGGACCCAAACUGAGCGUCCCCCAAAGGGACACAAGCCACAGCUUGGGCCCACCUCUAGUGCAAUAUCUUUUAUCUGUAGAUUAUAUUUUACUCUGCAGCAUCGUUAUCAGCACCAGUAUAUGCAUAAUCCUACUGCCAGUCACUAUUUCAUACAUACCUACGUGUAUCCCAGAAACUAAAGCGACACUCUGGUGUCUUUCUGUGUUUAGGAUGCUUCUCAGAUCGAUGUGUGCGCAGGUUUUAAACCUUUUGUCCUUCUCAGUUUGAACGUGUUGCUAUUGUUCUAAGUGAGAGUGUCCCGUUUAGUGUUUGUUUGUGUUAAGAAAUCUAGAGCACAGCGGACUUUACUUGUAACUAAAUUGUCUCUGUUCACCUGUCAAGGGGACUGCGGUGGAGCCCCGUGGGGCCGGCAGGCAGAAGCGCAGUGCAGAUGUGCGGCCAGGGGAAGUCAGCCAGAAGCAAGAAAUGGCUCUUCCCCUUCUUCCCUGCCAGGGCUCUGGGCUGGGGCAGGCAGCACCACUCAGCGGGGUACUGGGCAGUGGGUUUGGGCUGCGGGGAAGCUCGAGGUCUGCCUGUAUAGAGCCAGGCGGAUCUGCACAAGGGGCUUUCUCAGACAUCUCUGUCUGGGGGCUUUUUUCUAAAAUGGCAUGUCAGCUAACGUGCUAAGGAGGCAAGCCCCAUGCUCCCACCUGCAGGUGCGAGGAAGGGCUCUGGCCGGGCUUGGUGCUUGGCUCCAGUCCCAGGAGCAGUGUGGCCACUUGGCCGUGCACAGCACAGGAUCUCCAGCGUAACUCCCACCUUCCCCUCAGUGCUGAAGUCUCUGGGACAUGCAAAGAUGGAUCCAGAUGGCUUUCACAAAGGCAGGGACCUGCUCCAGUUUAGCCCCAGUGGCACUCGGAGAUGGGACUUACAGGGGUGGGGGAAGGCAGGUAAGCCAAGUCUUGCUAGGAGGUCUGCAGUGUCCCAUUGUUCCUCCUUUCCUCCUUCACGGAUGGCACUGGAACAGUAAAGACCUGCAAAGCUUGCCCAGAGCACGCUCUCUGCCCUCUCCCCCUCCUGCAGUGCUGGCUGGCUGGCAUCACGCUGUUACUCUGCAGCAUCCCUGAACUGAAACAGCUCCUGCCUGCACUGCUGGUCAGAAACCACCCUGAGGGCAAGGGAAAAAACAGAGUUCGGACUAAGGUACCAAAGAGUUAACGUUUUCCUAGGUUUACAGAUGUAUUUGUAGGACUUGUACUAUGUCACUUCUAUAGCCAUGAGAUAUUAUUUUUAUGCUGUAAACUUUUACAAAUACAUUUUUAAAGAAAGAGUUUAAAAAUAAAGAUGUUUUUCUUUUUGGAAA